CUUCCUGUGCAUCCUAGUGAAGCCAACAUCAGUUUUCUUUUCCGCAAUCAUCAUCAUCAGUUUACUAUAGUCAACAGUCUUUGCACAGGGUUCCUCGAGAUGUGUGUUGCUCGGUGCUCCAGGUGUGUGGGAAUAGCCCUGAUUCCCAUUGCAAGCGUGUGCAUGGUGGCAAAUGUGUUGCUGUUAUUUCCUGACAUGAAAUAUCACUACCUGAUGGAGAACAAUGUAACCAGGGAGGCUGUGUGGUGCUCUGGUGUAUGGGCUUCAGGGUUUCUGGUGCUCAUGUCUGCUCGAGGGUUCACGUCACACUCUGAAAAGAAAGGAUGCUGUUAUUUUAGAGCUGAAAUGUUGUGUAAGUUGUGGUACACAUGUUUGGCUCUGGUGGCAGCUGGAUUUUGUUUCAUGAUCAGCGGGACCGGGCUGGCACUGGGGCCCCUCUGUCUGCACAAUGGCACUGAGGGCCUUAAGUGGGAACGUCCAUUAAAACAAGUUAAAAGUGGAGAGAAGCUUUAUCUAUAUGAGCCUGAAAGAUGGGCCUCUGCCUGCAUGGAACCUCGAGGUGUCGUGACCUGGAAUAUUGUUCUAUUCUCUGUUCUCAUGGCAGCAAGUGGACUUGAGCUCAUUUUCUGUGCUGUGCAUCUUCUUACGGCAAUACUGGGAGUCAUAUGUGGACCGAGCUUCUGCAAGAACAAGGUUGUUCCUGCUUGA